AUGAGCAUCUCGAUCAAUAAAAGGCUUUCGGUUUGGAAAAGUGAUAAUUCUUUUAAUCAGAACAGUCUAUCUAAUCUAUAGUUAACUACACUGACUGGCACGGGGUACUUUUGGCUCGAAACUGAGCCAAAAGCACCCGUGCCAGUCAGUGUAGUUCACAAUAUCGCCUAGGGAUUUAAAGCCUCCACAGUUUAAAAUCAAAAUUAGUACUUAUUAUACACAUCAAAACAAAGCAAGCCCAAAUAACGUUACAUCAUUAAAUUUUAGUCCAAAAUGAGGACAAGAAGCAGCAAAUGGGCUUUGAAAAUUAGAUUAGAUUGUUAGAUGGUUGCUUAGAGAAGCCCUUUUAACUGAUGGCAUUCUGUGUGGCGCUAGCCCCUGUCGACACAGCUGAAUUAGGGACGAAGCCCCUGGCUUCUUAGUAGUGUUAUUGCCUUAUUGGGCUAAAACCCUUCGCUGGGUGCCACCAUUUCCAACUAAUUCCUUCAACUGCUAGUUAUUCAGCCCUGUAUAUCACCCUGGCCGAUAUCGAUCCUCUUUGGAACCCUUGAGCCGGAGCGAUUGCUUUAUUGACUAGCCUUCCCUUUUUUAAGGUCAUCGCUGAAGAAAAUCACCCGCUUCUGUGAUUUAAGGCAGACUCCGAUAGCAGCUUGGGCAGGUAAUUCACUCUGCUCCACUUCGUAUGCCCGCUGGCUUGGAUACUGCUGGCAAGAAGAAAUCAUGGUAACUGUUCAUUGGAUCAGUCCAAAAUCAGUGGAUUUUUGCUUAACUUCGCUUCAGGGCAUCAGAUAUUGAUAUAGAAUUUUCCCGUAGAUGGCACUGUUUGCCCUUGAUUGCCCACUUAAAAAAUUUUUUUGUUUGACCAAACCAUAUGGUACUGGUCGAACCAAAAAGUUUUUAAGUGGGCAAAUCAGGGGGCAAACCGCGCCAUCUAAGGGAAAUUUCUAUAGGCCAACUCGUGACUCCAAAACCAUGCCCAGAUAUGCAUGGUUACCUCCGCACGAGAGGACGGGCCGAACGACAUCACCAUUUUAUGCAUAUCUAAAUGGGCUUUACAAGUUAAGCCAAAGUGGUGAUUUUACACCUUAUGCACCUUCAAAGCCUUUUAAAUUUCCACAUUUGCCUAUUUCGUUAUGCCUAACUACAGUCAAUCUAGCCAUUCAUGCUGUUUCCAUUCUCUAUUUUCAAAUAAAAAAAACAGAUACGACUAAUCACUAGGAAUGCUUUUACUAGUUGUAAUUAGUUUAUCAAAUAAAAUUAUAAAGAAGCAUAAGAAGAAUAUGAUUCUUAAUAGCAAUUUAUUGGCUAGAGGGGUAAGUUUGAAUAUUCUUCCAAAUAUAUCUCCUUACAAAAGAAGAGUUAUCAAAAGUGAAGUUCAAGCUUUAAGCACGGAUAGCUCUCACAACAAAAGAUGAAACUCUUGCCUAUCAUCAAUAACUCCUAUAAAAAGAGCUAUUAAAAUACAAACAGAAUAA